UAAUAUGAGUAGAAGAAGCAGAGAAAAUCCGCUCUAGUCUUUUUCUUGAGUAUCAGAAUCAGAAGUCUCCGAAUUUUCACACACUCUUCACCCUCAGAAAAACACACAAUGCACGCGAAGACGGAUUCGGAGGUGACGAGUCUGGCGCCGUCGUCGCCGGACAACCGUCCGCCGGUGUACUACGUGCAGAGUCCGUCGCGCGACUCGCACGACGGGGAGAAGACGACGACGUCGUUCCACUCGACGCCGGUGCUGGGGAGCCCCAUGGGGUCUCCGCCGCGAUCGCACUCCUCCGUCGGCCACCACUCCAGGGAGUCGUCCACCAGCCGCUUCUCUGGAUCGCUCAAGCCGGGAUCGAGGAAGGUAUCGCCGAACGACGUCGGAUCUGGGGCCAGGGGACCUCGCAAGGGCGGACAGGCGAAUUGGAAGGACUGUGAUGUGAUUGAAGAAGAAGGAUUGCUAGAAGAUGAGGAGUCUCGGAAAGGUCUGCCGCGUAGAUGCUAUUUCCUUGCUUUUGUUGUCGGAUUUUUUGUGCUGUUUUCGUUUUUCGCCUUGAUUUUGUGGGGAGCUAGCAAACCGCAGAAGCCUAAGAUCACGAUGAAGAGCAUUGCAUUUGAGAGAUUCAUGGUUCAAGCUGGUUCGGAUUCAACGGGUGUAUCGACAGACAUGAUCUCUGUUAACUCGACAGUGAAGCUGACCUACCGUAACACAGGCACAUUUUUCGGAGUUCACGUUACCUCAACUCCGGUCGCUCUCACCUACUCGCAGCUCACCAUUGGCUCUGGCACCGUGAAGAAGUUCUAUCAGUCACGGAAGAGCCAGAGGCACAUGGUUGUGACAGUCUUAGGCGACAAGAUCCCGUUGUAUGGUAGUGGAGCUAGCUUAAGCACCUCGACUGGGAUCACCACGCUCCCUGUGCCGCUCAAACUGGAGUUCACAGUUCGGUCGAGGGCUUCUGUUCUGGGUAAACUGGUGAGGCCGAAAUUCUACAAGAAGAUCGAAUGCCCCAUCAUUUACGAUGUGAAGAAGCUCAACGUGCCCAUCUCCCUCAAGAAUUGCACUUACAGUUAAGGGGAGGGGAGAGGAGAGGGUUGAUUGAGGUAAUUUCAUAGCACAGCUAUAUGUGCUGCAGAAAGAGGGCUAUCUUCUUUGAAAUUUUCAGAUAUUUAUUAAUACAUGGGCUUAGUUAAAUAAGAACGCUAUCAAUUAUUCAUGUGUCUGUUUAUAUUUUACAGAAGCCAUUGUGUGGCUUAUUAAUUUAAUUUAUUUUUGGUACACAUUGAAUUUUGAUGAAUCUUCAGUUUUUGGCAUAAAGGAAGUGUAUGAACUUUUAUAAAAGCAGCAUUACCCAUUAUCAGCAAUUCAAAACUGGUUGCUCA